CCGCGUCGUGUGAGAGAGAAGAGAGAGAGAGAGAGAGAGGGAGAGAGACGACCACCACCUCCCUCCGCUCCCUCUCUCUGACUCGACUCGCCCCGCUCCUGUUCGCCGCUCCGCCAUCGCCGGCGGCGACCACUCCGGGUCUUCGGCGGCCCCACCGACGCCGGGCCCCGCGACGCCAUUCCUCCGAUCGCCGACUCACGCCUUGCGCUCCGCCCCCCCCGGCGAGGGUCCGAGCUCCUGCCCAGAUCCGCCCUGCGCCUGCUCGCGGCCCCCGUCCGCGAGCGCCGAUCGGCAGGCGGCGUAGGCGCUGCUGCGCGAGUGAGCGAGCGAGCGGGCGACGGAUCCGUCGAUCCGCGCGCCCGCCAUGGACGACUUCCAGGGCCUGCUGGCCCGCGACUUCGGCCUCCGCCCGCAGGGGAAGGCCGCGCCCAUGUCGGCUGCGCGCUCUUCGGGGCCCUCCGGAUCCGCCUGGACCAAUACCAGAUCCGCCGCGGGGUCCGCCUCCGCCGCCGCCGCGCCCUCCUACGACGACCUCUUCGGGUCCGCCCCGCCGCCGCCCAAGGCCACGCCGUCGCCGUCGCUCGACAACAUCUUCGACUCGUUCAAGGACCCCGCCGCUUCCACCACCGCGCCGCCGCCUCCCAAGCCUAAGCACUCGUCCAUGCCGGUGUUCGACAAGCCCGUCUACGACGACGACAUCUUCGUCGGGGUCCCUGGGGUUAAGAGCUCCUCGGCGCGCUACGACGAUGUCUUCGGUGGAAGCCAGAGCCAGAGCCGCGAGGCGCCUCCGGCGUUCGAUGACCUGCUUGGUGGAUUUGGUAAGAGCUCGCAGGUAAGGGAAGAGGUGGAUGACAAGAGGAAACAAGAGGCAGCUACGGCGGCGGCAGCGGCUACUGGGUUCGAUUAUUUGAUCCCAGGCUUUGGCGGGAGAAGCUCCCCGCGCCAAAGGGAUACUAGUGGUGCAAAACAAAAGAAGGUUCCCGUGUCAACAGCUAAGCAAACAGCUAGCUUAAACGACCCCUUUGUUGUUCUCGAAACAACUUCAUCCUCAGCCCAUCCGUUUGCAGAUCCCUUGGAUGAAUUUGGUAAAGCUGCAAAAUAUCAAGGGAAAAGCCGUGAAAGUACUAGUGUUGAGAGCAGUCUGGAUUCAAGCACUUUCAACCAGGCUCCAAAAUCUGAACCUUUUUUUACCUCAGAAGUGGACAAUGGCUCAAAAGGUAGGAAUGAAUCAAGCAGAGCCCGAGACUCAAAUCCUGUACAGAGUUUUUCUAAAAGAAACUCCGCCCAGCAAUCUUCUGUACAGGAUUUUGAAAAUAUCUUUCCUAAAUCGCAGUCUGCCAGAUAUUCUGAUGUCCAUGUUGACAUUAGCUCAGAGAAAUACAGUGGGAAUGGUAUAAAUGACCAGUCACCUAGAUCUGAUGAAUCUGAAGAUGAGAUAUGGCUUACAGCUUCUGAGAUUCCUCUCUUCACACAGCCAACUAGUGCCCCACCACCUUCAAGACCACCGCCACCUCUUGCAGUUAAGCAAAAACAUGGAUCAAAAUCAAAAAGAAAAGAUGAUGAGUAUCUACGACGGUCUAGGAAAAACAAUGAUCAUCAAAGAGGUUCAUCAAAUCAGGCUGGUGUUUCUACAGUAGAUGAACUAGAAGAUUUUGCUAUGGGUAGGUCUCAGAAUGCGCAUGCUUUUAAUGAGGAAGAAUUUGAGAGAAGUACAGCAGCAGCAGCAUCUGCAGCUGCUAUGAAAGAGGCCAUGGAUAAAGCAGAGGCAAAGUUCAAACAUGCCAAGGAAGUACGAGAAAGAGAACGUGAUGCGAAGCUUAGAAAUAGAGAACAACAGGAACAAGAUACUGUAACAAGGUCAUAUGGCCAGGAUCGUGAGGAAAAAGACAGAAAGGAAAGACUAGAACAAGAAAGGGAGAUGAGGCAGAAAGAGGAAAAGGAAAAAGAGCAAAGAAGACUUGAAGAGGAGAGAGAACUUGAGCGACAUAGAGAAAGAGAAAGAGCUAGGCAAGCAGUGGAGAGGGCUACAAAGGAGGCACGGGAAAGAGCAGCUGCUGAAGCUCGUGCGAAAGCAGAGAGGGAGGCACGCCAACGUUCAGAACGUGCUGCUGUGCAAAGAGCCCAACAGGAAGCACGCGAGAGGGCAGCAGUGGAGGCUAAAGAACGAGCAGAGAGGGCUACUGCAGAAGCAAAGGAAAGGGCUGCUGCUGAAGCUAAGGAGAAAGCUGCUAGUCAAGCCAGGGAUAGGGCUGUAGCAGAAAGAGCUGCUGUGGAGAGAGCUCAGCAAGAAGCGAGGAAGAGAGCUGAACGAGCAGCAGUGGAAAGGGCUGCUUCUGAGGCUCGGGAAAGACAGGCUGCUGCUGCUGCCGCUGCAGCUGCAAGAGAAAAAACGAGCAAACCAGAUGAUCUAGACUCCUUCUUUGGUAUGGGUGCCCGAGCUAAUAGCGCUCCGAGGCAAAGGGCUCCAACAGUGGAUUCUAUGUUUGAUUCUCAAACGCAAAAUAGAGGGACUUCCACUUCGACAUCAAUGAAAAAGGCAUCAUCAACAGCAAAUAUUGCUGAUGACUUGUCUGCAAUAUUUGGAGGAGUUCCUACAUCAUCCGACGAAUUUCAAGAAGUUGAUGGGGAGAGCGAAGAAAGAAGACGUGCUAGGUUGGAACGGCAUCAAAGGACUCGUGAACGAGCGGCAAAGGCUUUGGCUGAGAAGAAUGAACGAGACAUGCAGCAACAAAGAGAGCAGGCUGAAAGACAUAGGCUUGCGGAAACACUGGACUUUGAGAUUAAGCGCUGGGCUGCUGGAAAAGAAGGCAAUUUGCGUGCAUUGUUAUCAACUUUACAAUAUGUUCUUUGGCCAGAAUGCGGAUGGCAGCCUGUAUCCCUCACUGAUUUGAUCACUGCUGCUGCUGUUAAAAAAGUGUACAGAAAAGCAACAUUAUGUAUCCAUCCUGACAAGGUGCAGCAAAAGGGUGCCAAUCUCCAACAGAAAUAUAUCGCUGAGAAGGUUUUUGAUCUCCUCAAGGAGGCGUGGAACAAAUUCAACUCUGAAGAGCUCUUCUAAACAGCCUCAUGACUGAAUAUAGCAUCACCCCUCAGGGUCUGCACAGGGUACUCUGAGAAGAAAGUCACAAGCUGGAGCAACUUGAGGUUGGUCCGGGGGGAAACCAUGAAGCGACCAAGCGAAACCUGAGCACCGUUGUUUGUUUCAUUCCCCCAAUUUUCUUUUCCAAUUGUAUGUUGAUUCAAUGACAACUCACAGCGACAUGUGGCAGCUGCCCAAGCUGGACCUCAUCCAGUAGGUGUACAUUAGUGCCCUGUUUUGUACUAUUUAUCCUGGGCUGUAUGUACCAUCAGAGCGGGUGCUUCUGAGGCCAGUGUUGUGAUUUUGGAUUAGGUACAGGGUUUAUUUACAUGGAGAGCCGGUUUACUUGAUAAUGAUGAAUGUUGCUUGUCUGAUGCCAUGGGCAUCUUUCGGUUGUCUUGUUUAUAGUCGAUUUCUGGAACAUCAGUUGACCUAUACUCUGAUCACUGUUUUAUUUUUGUACAAAGUUGCUAUUCAAUUUU